AUGAUAGCUCUUCAUAUUGCUCUCUAUACAAUCCUGGCCACGUCGUUGGUCUUUGCUAUUAUCGAGCUUGGGCUAUGUGCCUAUGUCACUGCUUACUAUGGCGGCACGUAUCAGGAGUACUCCUAUAAUGCCUCCGGGGGUUACAGUUACCAAAAUGUGAAAGUCAGCACGCCUUCCAUUGUGGCCUUUCUUAUGUUCUCCGCCGUCUGGACCAUUCUGAUCACCCCUGGCGGAGGGGUGCUGUCAUGGUUCUAUACUCGCAAGGGUGUUAGCGAGAAGAUCAGCAAGAUCUUGGGCAUCGUGUUCGCCGUGGUCUACUUUGUGACAAUGGUCUUUUGGCUGGCUUGCUUCGCUGAUAUUGCCUCAUACCUCGACGGAUUCACCAGCUUUAAUGACUACUACAACGCGGUCAUCGCUUUCGCGGUGCUUCUCUGGCUCCUCUUCCUCGCCCUCUUUAUCUUGUCGGUAUUAUCGCUUUGUGGUGUCUUGGUGUCGGAUUGGGUGGGUUAUCAGUCCAUGCGCAAGUCACAGGCGGACAAGGCUGGUGCCCCUGCGGCUGACCCUGAGGUGCCGAUGAGUACAAACCCCGUUGCUCCUCCGUCAGAGUUGUCUACUCGGGAUGCUGAGCCUCUGCAUGACCAGCCGAACAAUCAAUCCCUUAGCCCCUCGUCCCCUUCGGCCAUUGCUAGCGCCGAGCUCAGCGGCGAUAGCGUUCACGAUCACCAUGCGAGCAAGGCGUGA